CAAGUCAGCCGUUCCCGAAACCUCGGUGUUGGGCCCCGGCAACCUGGCAAGCAUCUAUCCUUGUCCUGAGAAUCCGCAAUCCAGUACAGAACCGCUGCCAUCAUCAUCAGCAUCAUCAUUCAAGAUUCAUCCACCGCCUUGAACCACAUUACUUACUGCUCCUGCCGCUGCUGUCACUUCUUUUACCCGUCCUCCUCCACACGACCGACCUCUCGCUGCACUUUCAACUCUUCAUCCUUUCCUUCGUGUCGUUGACCAACACAUCGGCAUCCUAUCAAUUUUUGAUGCCGUGGGCGCCUGGCUCCAAUUUCCUGAACCCGACCUGCCUGCCUGAGCGACCGUUGUGACAUAUGCGAACAUCAGCCAUCAGCCAUCCGCGUUCCAGACCGAACCUGCCUUUGAUCUCGCCCCACACCAUCCACCCUGCACCUUCUGCAGAGACAUUCGGAGUUACUCAACUGAAUCGAGUCACCCCAGUACCAUCGACUUCUCCCCUGUCACUCUUUUGUCUCCCCAGUCGCACAUCCACCCCUCACAAACCAACCUGCUCUUGUCCUGACAAUUGCACCCACCCGUCGCCCUUGUGCGACAAGACCCUCUCGUUGACCAUGAGAAAGCCUUGAGUCGGCCUCCCCUCGUCGCAUGAGAAGCAUGCCAGUCACUCGACAAGAAUGGCCCAUACGGCCAGUGCCAGCCAUGUCGCCCAUGGACCUGCAUUGGACCCAAGACUAUUUUAUGAAUAAAGAACACCGGCUUGACUUUCAGAAGCGCGAUGAUGGACAUGACGACAACUACGAUGAAGCUCUUUACAACUCCACUGUUCUCCAGUUGCCUGCCCAUGUGUCCGAGGACGACCUGGACGAGCGCGUCGCAGAAGACGCCAAAGGACUCGGUUUGUUGCCUUUUCGACCUAUGUUGGACAUCGACGACAUCACCUCCUCAGUGUCUACCAUAACCAUAGCCUCCGACUCGCCGAACCAAGGCCCCAGAUCUAUUCAAUCUCAAUCAACCCCGCCUACCUCUUGUGCUUCCAGUGAACAUCGCCCAGCCAUCCAACCUUCUCGCUCGUCCGAAAAACCCCUCUCAGGCCCUCUCACCGUGCCUCAUUUGUCAGACGCAGAGAAGCGGAGGAGGUCACCGUUUGCCAGAGGGUUUCGAAGAAUGGCAGGCUUUCGAAAACGAAGGUUCACCGGAAACUCUUCCUCCACCCUCACCAGCAUCAACAGCGACGUCGACACCCAGGUGAGCGAGAAGCCCUCUGUCAACAGCAUUCCAAAACGUACUCCAUCCGACCAAUCGAGCACGAGCUCAUGGUCGCACCGUCCUUCUCCUCCUCCCGCCCGUCCUAGCCAUGACGAUCAAAUGACCCAAGAUCGCGAGGCUCUUCAACGCAGCACGGAAUGUAAAGAGAUUCUCGAUCUACGCAUGAAGCAGUUGGAAGAAAAGGCUCGCUUCCUUGAGUAUCAGGUUUUUCUCCUGUCUCAGCUUCAUUCCCGACGUGACAGUGCCAAAGACCGUCGAAGAGUUGACCAGGACAGAAUCAUUGCCGAGCACAUCGAAAAGAGAGAUCAUGCAGUUGAAGAGCUAGAGGCCCGGCAGCUGGAGGAGGAGAUGAAGAUUCAGGAAGAGCACGACCUGGAAAAACGGGCGGUGCUUUUCCGGUUACGACACAUGGAAGCAUAUUGCCAGAACCCCACGCCACCGACGACUCCAGUAGAUGUUACGUCCGGAAGAACCUCGGUGGAAGUCCCCCUCCCUGAACGCAAAGUGACAGAAAAGGACUACCACAAUCUAGCUCAGCAAUAUCGUGAGCGUGAUGCGAUGGAUACAUUGCAUAAGUCCAAGAUCAACGUUCUGCGGGGCAAGCAGAAGAGGGCGGUGGAAAACCUGAUGAAUCGCAGAGACUUGGAAAUUGAAAAGCUGGAACGAGAUCAGCAAAAAGAACUAGCAGCGAUUGACAGCGAAUAUGCGUCUCAAGAACAUCAGCUGCUCAUGGGAUUGAGUACCAGGAAAGCACGGUUGGAAGCUCGUUGGCGGACGCAGGCAACCAUUCAACGCACACGAAUGGAGAAGAUGACUGGGGAGAGAUUUGCUCCUUUGCCGGAUGUGACGGUGCAGGAAUCAGAUCGGAAGGACGCAGCAUGCGAGUCUGGCUGAUUGGUGAGUUUGACUUGGUUGAUUUGGCUGUCCGUCUUUUGUUUGACGCGGAUCUGUGCAAUUACGGUUAUGAUUUUGGAAGAUACCCUUGACUUUGCAUGGCUGUAUAGCAUCCUUGUGGUCUAUUUUCUUUCUUUGGAAGGGAAAAGGACACGGGCAUAUCGGGAACGCAUUUGGGCGCAGGGACAUUUUGAGGGAGGCAUCGAACAGGAACCAGAGCUGAUGGCGGCAGUUUGUGUAUGACAACCAGAGAAUCGAUAUUGCAAGUUGAUGAUAGUGUGCAGAAGAUGUGAAUGAGAUGUGUUUCUGUUUGAUGAAA